UGGUGAUGAGCACAUAGCCGCCGUGUGUGGAUGUGAGGCUGGUUCUACACGGGAGAGAGGUUUCAGCACCUACCUACUGUCCACCGAGUGCGAAGAGGUGACCAUAGCCCCCUCUCUGGCCGUGCCGGGUACUGCAGCCCCUGCCGGGAUCAGACAAAGAUGUCACAAGUAAAACAAGUCGGACUGUUGGCUGCUGGGUGCCAGCCAUGGAACAAAGAUGUCUGUGCCGCUAGUGGAGACAGAUUUGCCUAUUGUGCCACAUUGGCUAUCUAUGUGUACCAGCUGGAUCACCGAUACAAUGAAUUCAAGCUUCGUGCAAUCAUGUCAGAACAUAAAAAGACAAUCACAGCCAUCUCCUGGUGUCCUCACAACCCUGACAUGUUUGCAAGUGCAAGUGCAGACAAUUUAGUGAUCAUUUGGAAUGUGGCUGAACAGAAAGUGGUUGCCAGGCUUGACAAUACAAAAGGAAUGCCUGCUUCUCUGAGUUGGUGCUGGAAUUCUGCGGAUGCCGUGGCAUUUGUAUCGCACAGAGGUCCUCUGUACAUCUGGACUGUUUCUGGACCUGACAGUGGUGUGGCUGUUCACAAGGAGGCACAUAGCUUUCUCUCUGAUAUUUGUCUGUUUCGAUGGCAUCCAAGGAAAAAAGGAAAAGUUGUAUUUGGGCACACAGACGGAAGCCUGUCUAUCUUUCAGCCAGGUUGUAAGAGUCAAAAACAUGUUUUGAGACCUGAGUCUCUAGAGGGAACAGAUGAAGAAGAUCCAGUGACAGCGUUAGAAUGGGACCCACUAUCCACAGAUUACCUGCUUGUUGCUAAUCUACAUAAUGGGAUCCGUUUGGUAGACUCUGAGUCUUUAUCUUGCAUCACGACUUUUAGUUUCCCCAGUGCAGCAGCGUCUGUUCAGUGUUUGGCUUGGGUUCCCACAGCUCCCGGCAUGUUUAUAACAGGAGAUUCCCAGGUUGGUGUCUUACGGGUAUGGAAUGUCUCAAAGACAACUCCUAUAGAUAAUUUUAAAUUGAAGAAAACCGGCUUCCAUGCAUUACAUGUCCUUAACUCCACUCCGAAGAAAAAAACAUUUUUAGGGCAGUCCCCUACGAAAAACCAUCACAUAUCGUCCACCAGUGAGGCUGUACCACCUCCCACACUAACCCAGAAUCAAGCUUUCUCAUUGCCUCCUGGUCAUGCCGUCUGUUGCUUCAUGGAUGGAGGAGUGGGACUUUAUGAUAUGGGUGCCAAGAAAUGGGAUUUCUUAAGAGACUUGGGUCAUAUUGAAACUAUCUUUGACUGCAAAUUUAAACCAGAUGAUCCCAAUUUACUUGCUACAGCGUCAUUUGAUGGUACAAUAAAGGUGUGGGAUAUCAACACAUUAACAGCUGUAUAUACUUCACCGGGGAAUGAAGGUGUGAUUUAUUCACUGUCCUGGGCUCCAGGGGACUUGAACUGCAUAGCCGGUGCCACUUCCCGGAAUGGGGGCUUUAUCUGGGAUGUAAAGAAAGGAAAAAUGAUAACUCGGUUUAAUGAGCAUGGGAAAAAUGGUAUUUUCUGCAUCUCAUGGAGCCACAAGGACUCUAAGCGCAUUGCCACGUGCAGUGGAGAUGGAUUCUGCAUUAUCCGAACAAUUGAUGGUAAAGUUUUGCACAAGUAUAAACAUCCAGCCGCUGUUUUCGGCUGUGACUGGAGCCAAAACAACAAAGAUAUGAUUGCAACUGGCUGCGAAGACAAAAAUGUCAGAGUGUAUUACUUGGCCACCAGCUCUGAUCAGCCCCUGAAGGUUUUCACUGGACAUACAGCCAAGGUGUUCCAUGUACGGUGGUCUCCGCUUAGAGAAGGAAUUUUAUGCAGUGGCUCUGAUGAUGGAACGGUAAGGAUCUGGGACUACACUCAAGAUGCUUGUAUAAAUGUGCUCAGUGGACACACUGCCCCAGUCCGGGGAUUGAUGUGGAAUACAGAAAUACCAUACCUUCUAAUAUCUGGAAGCUGGGAUUACACUAUACGAGUAUGGGACACCAGGGAUGGAACUUGUUUGGAUACUGUGUAUGAUCAUGGGGCAGAUGUAUACGGUCUAACAUGCCAUCCCAAUCGGCCAUUCACCAUGGCGUCUUGUUCACGGGAUUCCACUGUGAGGCUGUGGUCACUAACGCCAUUGAUUUCACCUCUUCAAAUAAAUAUCUUGGCAGACCGUCCAUGGGAAGAAAUAAUUGGUAACACUGACCGUGCCAUGGAGCCUGGUGCACCGCCUUUACUGUGUGGGAAGGUAUCUCGUGAUAUUAAACAAGAGGUGGACAAGUUGACCGGUAAUCUGAGGAGCAAGAAACUGAGAUGGUUUUCAGAAUGUCUCUCUCCUCCAGGUGGUAGUAAAAAUUUAUGGGACUUAGUUGCUGUGUUAAAAGGUCAAGAUGACAGUUUACUUCCUCAGAACUACUGCAAAGGAAUUAUGCACAUGAAGCAUCUAGUUAGGUUCAAAACGUCUAAAGCUCAAGAAUUAACAACUGUGAAGAUGUCCAAGUUUGGUGGUGGUAUAGGUGCACCAAGUAAAGAAGAAAGGCUAAAGGAAGCUGCUGAGAUCCACCUGAGACUAGGACAGAUCCAAAGAUACUGUGAGCUCUUGGUGGAGCUUGGAGAGUGGGAUAAGGCAUUAUCAGUGGCUCCUGGUGUUUCUAUGAAAUAUUGGAAAAAAUUAAUGCAAAGAAGAGCAAGUCAACUCAUUGAAGAGGAAAACGACGAUGUGAUUCCAUACUGUAUAGCCACUGGUGAUGUGAAAAAACUUGUCAAUUUCUUCACUUCCAGAGGACAACUUAAAGAGGCUUUACUUGUGGCACAGGCAGCUUGUGAAGGAAAUAUACAGUCCAAUCACGUUUCAGUCAAUGCUGUGUCUCCAACUGAUGGCAACAACAUAGAAGACUACAAUGAACUUCUUCAUGGAGUCAGUGCGGAGCUGGCAGAGUGGUAUUUCCAGGAUGGUCGGGCUGUGCUUGCAGCUUGCUGCCAUUUAGCUGUAGAUAAUAUUGAACUAGCCAUGGCCAACCUCAUCCGUGGAAAUGAGUUGGAACUGGCAGUAUGUGUGGGCACAGUUAUUGGAGAAGGUGCAGCACAAGCAACUCAAUAUGCACUAGAGCUCCUUUCAAGAAAAUGCAUGACUGUAACCACAUGCUUCCCAUCACCGGGAUACAGGGACUUGGCAGCAGAUCUUCUCAGAAUGAUUCCUGACAAUGAUCUCUUCUUAGUCAAGCUGUGCGCAUUCUACCCAGGAUGCACUGAAGAAAUUAAUGACCUACAUAGCAAAUGUAAUUUGCCAAGUACAGAAGAGUGCUCACAACUUGCAGAGAACUGCCAUGGAGAAGGAGACAUCUUUCAAGCUGUCAAAUAUUAUCUGCUAAGUUCAGAAUCUGAAAAGGCCCUGCCAGUCGGGAUCAAUUAUAUAAAAGAAGAGAUUAGCAGUCUGGACUGGACUUUGGAUUCCAUAUGUCCCAUUCUUGAUCUUCUCAGUUUCAUUAGAACGGAGAGAUUAGUACUACAUAAAUGUAGUGAGGUCCGCAAUGAGCUUCUCAUACUGUGCGGCUACAUUGGGGCUUUAAUUGCUAUUAGAAGACACUAUACAAGCAUUGUGCCUGCACUUUAUGAAUAUACAAGCCAGCUUCUAAAACGUCGGGAAGUGUCUGUUCCUUUGCAGAUUGAGCAGCUCUCGGUGGAGUUAGAUGCAUGGAGAGCAUGUACCCUGUCCACCAGCAAGUCUGGUGAUGAUCUUCCAUACACGCCUCCUACAGAAACACAAAGAAAGAUUUAUUCUAGUAUAGUCGAAAAAAUAAAGGAGGAACCCAUUAAAGGACUGAUUGGACCAGACUAUGUCACAGGUUCUAAUCUACCUAGUCAUUCUGACGUCCACGUGUCCUGUUUAACAGGGUUACGAAUACAGGGCCCUGUGUUCUUCCUAGAAGAUGGGAAAUCAGCUAUUUCAUUGAAUGACGCAUUAAUGUGGGCAAAAGUUAACCCAUUCUCACCUUUAGGGACCGGAAUACGAUUGAACCCUUUCUGAAUGUUGAUUAUUCUGCAACGUUUGGGGCAUAAAGAUGCUUAUCACAAAUUACUGUAAAAAUCCGAGUGCGAAUGGGACAGAGAAUAGGCAGCUGCAGAUGAUGCCCUAACUGAUGCAGCCAUUUUAAGUCUGGACUUAGUAAUGGUAAAGUCAAAUCUUUGUAUAUAUAAAAGAACCCGAAAUGUAGUUUGACUAGCCAAAGACCAACAUGUUCUGUCCUUCAGUCUCCAUAAUCCUGUAUGCAGGAUAUUACCAUGUCAUAAGGUACUGUAUAUGUCAAGUAAUAAUUACUAGCUUCUAUUCCGACAACUCAGUAUAUAAGCUGCUUGGUGGUAGUUCCAGUGCUGUACAUAGGCCAAGAAAUGAAACUGUGAAAUUUACUACCAUUUUUAAGUAAUGUAAAGAUUUAGCACACAAAUUUGUACUGUAACUUUACUGUGUGUAGUAAACCACUAACU